AUGGCUCCCACCGUCAUUGCAUUCGAUCUCUACGGAACGAUUCUAUCCACCGACUCCAUCGUCAAAACCCUGGCCGGCAUAUUCGGAGAUGAAAAAGCCAAGACAAUUGCGACGCAAGCACGGCGGUACCAGCUGGAGUACUCAUGGCGCAUAAACAGCAUGGGCAUGUAUCAGCCGUUCAACGAGUUGACCCGGUGGUCAUUCCGGCAUGCUGCCGCAGAGAUUGGCGAGAAGCUGUCACCGGAGCAAGAGGAUUCCGUCAUGAGUGCCUACGACGGCCUAGACGCGUUUCCAGAGGUCGAAGCAGCGCUCAGCCUCGUCGCAAAGACGCCAGCAAUCGAAGCCUACGUGUUUUCCAACGGCACCGAGCCCAUGAUUACUUCGUCGCUGAAGACCUCGCCGUCGCUGGCCAGGUCUUCUGGAUCCAUCUUCCCGGCGUCGCGCAUCGUCAGCGUUGAUCCCUUGAGGGUGUUUAAGCCAGACCGGCGGACGUAUGAGCACUUUGCCAAGGUGGUGAAUUUGGAGUCUCGGCCGGACAAGAUAUGGCUUGUGUCUUCGAACCCUUUUGAUGCUGUCGGUGCGAGAGCGGCGGGGUGGAGGAGCGUUUGGGUGAACCGGAAUGCCAGCGUGGGCUGGGUCGAUGGCUUGAGCGGUGCUGUUGGGCUGCAGCCGACGAAGAUUGUGAAGGGAGUGGACGAGGCAGUCGAAGAGAUUAUCAAGACUGAUGUUCAAGGCGAAUAA